AUGUUGUCUUCUCUCUUAAUACAAUACAUCCUAUAUCAUGUCAAAGGUCUUUCUUUCCCUCCAAGCCAACCAGGAACCCUUCUUCCCUUUCAUAAUCUCCAUCGGUCCAAAAAUCGUCACUCAAGAUCACCCCAUCGAAAAUUCUUAGGCAUAUUUUUCACAUCCCGAAUCCUAAUUUGCUCCACAGGGUCUUUCACUGAUAUUCUAUACGACAUGGGUGACAGUCAGUACUCGUUCUCACUUACUACUUUCAGCCCUUCUGGAAAGCUUGUUCAGAUUGAACAUGCCCUCACAGCUGUUGGCUCUGGGCAAACUUCAUUGGGGAUAAAAGCUUCAAAUGGAGUUGUAAUUGCAACUGAAAAGAAGCUCCCAUCAAUCUUAGUCGAUGAGACAUCGGUGCAAAAGAUUCAGAUUUUGACUCCUAACAUUGGAGUUGUAUAUAGUGGCAUGGGGCCUGAUUCUAGAGUUCUAGUCAGGAAGAGCAGGAAGCAAGCAGAACAAUACCAUCGACUAUACAAAGAACCAAUCCCUGUUACACAACUUGUAAGGGAAACUGCUGCUGUUAUGCAAGAGUUUACUCAAUCGGGUGGUGUAAGGCCUUUUGGUGUUUCACUCCUUGUUGCGGGUUAUGAUGACAAAGGUCCUCAACUAUAUCAGGUGGACCCCUCAGGUUCAUAUUUCUCAUGGAAAGCUUCUGCCAUGGGAAAGAAUGUUUCCAAUGCAAAAACAUUUCUUGAAAAGAGGUACACUGAUGACAUGGAGCUUGAGGAUGCCAUACACACAGCUAUUUUGACAUUGAAGGAAGGAUUUGAAGGACAAAUUUCGGGAAAAAAUAUUGAGAUUGGUGUGAUUGAGGCAGACAAAACAUUCAGAGUCUUAACUGCAGCCCAAAUUGAAGACUAUCUUCAAGAGAUCCGAUAUGUACUUGUUGACUAUCUUGAAGAACUUAUGUGUUGGUGA